AUGGCGAUGAAAUCCAUUGAUGACUCCGAGAAUGAAGUGAGUAACCUGUUAUUAUCGAUUAUUCGUCAAGGAGAUGUCAAAGCACUCGAAAGUCAUUUAUCGACAAUAUGCAAUCUUGAGAUUUACUUAAAUCGAAUAUAUGAUGAACCAGAUCAACAAAAAUGCACUUUACUUAUGAUUGCUUGUUUAAAUAAGUCCGAAGACAUGAUACAAAUAUUGCUUAAUUAUUCUGGACUCGAUCUAGAAGUGCUAAAUAAUAUACAACUCCUUGAAAAGGAUCAAAGUUUAUUAAUGUAUCAAAAUGUGACCGUUUUAUGGGCAGCAGCUGCCAUUGAUAAUUUAAAAAUCGUCAAAUUACUUGUCGAACAUGGAGCUCGAGUUAAUCACACAACUAAAACGAAUUCAACAGCAUUUCGUUGUGCUUGUUGCAAUGGUAAUAUUGAUAUGGCUCGUUAUUUGAAUGAGAAUGAUGCUGAUAUACAUAUUGCUAAAAUAAAUCAAGAAACAAAUCUUAUUGCAAGUGUUUAUAAUGAAGAUUUAAACAUGACAACUUAUCUUGUUGAUGAAUUAGGUUGUGAUGUGAAUGAAUCGACAGAUGAUGGACGUUCACCACUCUACAUUGCUGUAGGUAGUACAUCACUUGAACUAAUUCAAUUUUUAUUGAAUCAUGGUGCUCGAAAUUUUCAAGCAAAUUAUGAUCACAUGUCCCCAUUAUUGUUAGCAGCGGAAAAGA